UUAUUGAGGUCUAUCAACUCAGUCCGAUCCCAUCAUGGCCCACAUCAACACAGUCUGCUUCGUAACUUUACUGUGGGCGCUCGCUGCGUUUGGACAGGAAUUCUUCGUCAUCUCAGAGACAGACGACACUGGUGAUUAUGGAUAUUACUAUGAUUAUGCCACUGAGACUCCAGCAGGAGAUUUUGAUUUGACAGGUGAUGACUGGUUGUACGACCUCCUGGAUACCACAGAUGAGUGUGAUCCAAACCCGUGUCUGAACAGAGGCGCCUGUGAACACUCGGCUCUCGAGGGCUUCACGUGUUCAUGCCCUGAACCCUACACAGGGAAGAAGUGUCAGAAAGUCAAAGACGUUUGCAGGAAUGUGAAAUGUGGCCACGGCAGCUGCGUCCUCACGUCCACUGCUCCCUUCUACGAGUGCAAGUGCAGACCUCCGUUCAGACCGCCCAACUGCAAGAAAGCUUCUCCCUGCCGACCCAAUCCCUGUCAGAACGGAGGCUCCUGCAUGAAGGGCCCCAGACACUCGUCCUUCCAGUGUUUCUGUCCUAACGGAUACACUGGGAAAUUCUGUGACGUGGGUCCAGAUGACUGUUACCAAAAGGACGGAGAGUUUUACCGCGGCAUGGUGAGUGUGACUGCUGAGGGGGAGGAGUGUCUGGACUGGAACGCCUACUUCAUCGUGCAGAACGGGGGGGAUCCCUUCAAAGAGUACGCAGGCUUUGAUGGAAUUGGACCACACAACUACUGCAGGAACCCUGAUGGAGAUGAUCAGCCCUGGUGCUUUAUUAACAAAGAUGGCAAACUGAAGUGGAACUAUUGUAACGUCAGGAAAUGUUCUGCAGUUCCAGCUACCAUACCGACCAUCCAUGAAACAGACCCGACUCCAGCCAAACCGAGCGUCACUCCGGCUCAGUUCUCUCAGUGUGGAAGGCCCCAGCCCGGCCGCUCGUCCAGGAUCUUUGGAGGGAGGAAGUCUCUUCCUGGGGCUCAUCCAUGGCAGGUUUCCCUGCAGACCAGAGCCAAAGGUUCCUCUGGACCGUUCAGCCACAUCUGCGGCGGCAUCCUCCUCGAGUCCUGCUGGGUCCUCACUGCUGCGCACUGCAUUAAAAGUGAGGUGGAAAUGCAGGUGGUGCUGGGAGGAGUGGACAUAGAGAAGGAUGAGGUAUAUGAUCAGGUCAUUCCUGUGGAGAGGGCCAUAAUGCACGAGGAAUACAAGAUGACUGCCUUUGCUCUUUAUAAUGAUGUUGCCAUGCUUCAGCUGAGAGUCACAGACUCACCGUACUGUGCCAAAGAGACACGCUUUGUGAAGACGGCCUGUCUGCCAGACCGGCCCUUCAGCAGUGGGACGGAGUGUGUGAUCUCAGGAUGGGGUGUGACUGAAACACCUCGUGGAAUUUCAUCCAAUUCCCCUUUGCUCAUAUCACGCAUUUACAUCGGGAAACAGGAGAAGUACGGUACCAACCAGCUGCUGGAUGCUCGUGUUCUCCUGAUCUCCCAGGACAAAUGUAAAUCCCCCCACGUGUACGGAGACUCUCUGGACGACAGCAUGUUCUGUGCAGGCAACAUGAACGGGGGAGUCGACUCCUGCCAGGGAGACUCCGGGGGCCCUCUGGUGUGCGAGCGGAACGGGACGCACUACGUUGUCGGCGUGGUGAGCUGGGGCGACGGCUGCGGCAAGAAGUACAAGCCUGGUGUCUACAGCAACGUGGCCAGAUUCAUCGACUGGAUCGCUUAUCAUUUACUCGAGAGUUUCAGUGUAUUCUGCACCAUGCUGGCUGCAGGGGUCCUGUUCUUGACCCUCAGUGUUCUAACAGUCCACGGAAAUGAGACGGCUCUGGACACAUCAUACAUAUAUUAUGGAGACGAACCCACAGCCUCGCCAGGAAUUUUGCUCUAUGAUAACGACUGGUUGUUCGACCUCCUGGAUGAGUCCAAUGUUUGUGAUCCAAACCCGUGCUUCAAUGGCGGCUCGUGCCAACAUAAUUCAGAUACAGAGUUUCAAUGCUACUGUGUUGAGCCUUUCACCGGCAAGAGGUGUCAGAGAGUGAGAAACAUCUGUGCAAAUGUGACCUGUGGUCACGGUGAGUGCGUCAUCAACCUCAACAAACACCCAUUUCACGAAUGCAACUGCAGACCCCCAUACCAAGGGCCCGACUGCACGUUAUUGCCAGAAUCUGCCUGUGAGCCCAACCCCUGCCAGAACGGAGGCUCCUGCAUCCAAGGGGAACGGCGCUACCGCUGCUCCUGUCCUGAUGGAUUCACGGGGAGGUUCUGCAGGACUGCUCCGACUGACUGUUACUCUGAGAAUGGAGAGACGUACAGGGGAGUUGUCAGUACCACGGAGGACGGGAUGGAUUGUCUGGACUGGGAUUCCAAUUUAAUCUAUAUGGAAAUGGGCCCUAUUGUCAGCCUUUUCCCAGAAACCAGUGGACUGGAAGAGAACUACUGCAGGAACCCGGACAGAGAUGAGAGGCCUUGGUGUUUUUACAGAAAGGGAACUAAACUGCAGUGGGAAUACUGCAACGUCAAGGAAUGCCCUGAAGAUCAAGUCACUCCACCUGCGACAGUCGAACCAGACACAGACUCCACCCAGUUCUCCCAGUGUGGAAUAUCUCCGCUCCCUCUGCCCUCUUCACCAUCUUGCAUCAGCAGGAUCCAUUGUGGCAAUAAGCCUCCACGCGGAUCCAUCCCCUGGCAGGUGUCUGUGCAGACAAGACCCAAGGGUUCACCCUUUCGGUAUAAACACUGGUGUGGUGGGAUCCUGAUCUCGUCCUGCUGGGUCCUCACCGCCGCCCACUGUCUUGAACCAGGAAGUGAAUACCAGGUGGUGUUGGGAGGAGCGAACAUAGACAAGAUGGAGGAGAUGGAUCAGAUCAUCCCAGUCAUACAAACUAUUAAACACGAGAACUUCACUUAUUCUUCUCAAAUACCGCACAAUGACAUUGCUCUGCUUCAACUCAAAGUCCUGGACAGUCCUUACUGUGCGAAGGAGACAGAGUUUGUGAGGACCGCGUGUUUACCAGAGCAGGAUUUCCCACCUGGAAAGCAGUGUAUGAUCUCAGGAUGGGGAGCCACCGAAAACAAGACGCUCAGCAGCCAGCUGUUGAAUGCUCGUGUUUUGCUGAUACCUGAAAGGAAAUGCAGUGCACCUCAUGUCUAUGGAACUUUACUGGACGACAGCAUGCUGUGUGCAGGGACUCUGAAGGGAGGCGUUGAUGCCUGUCAGGGUGACUCAGGCGGCCCGCUGGUGUGUGAGCAAAAUGGCACACAGUACGUCACUGGUGUGGUGAGCUGGGGCGAUGGCUGCGGUCGGAAGAACAAGCCUGGUGUCUACACCAAUGUGCUCCAGUUCCUCACCUGGAUUAAAAGCAAGAUCAGCAGAGCGUGAAUCAAUUGAGCUGAGAAGUCGGAGAAAGUACUUUAGGAAGAAAAUGAGACGACAGCUUAGUUUGCCUUGA